AUGGCUCUCAACGUGAACCGCGCCGUCGCCGACCCGUUCUAUCGCUACAAGAUGCCAAAAUUGUCGGCUAAAGUCGAAGGCAAAGGAAACGGAAUCAAGACUGUCAUCACAAAUAUGUUUGAUAUCGCGAAGGCUCUCGAGCGUCCACCCAUGUACCCAACCAAGUACUUCGGAUGUGAACUUGGAGCUCAAACCAAUUUCGAUGCUAAAAACGAGCGCUACAUUGUCAAUGGAGAACAUGAUGCGAACAAGCUCCAGGAUAUUCUUGAUGGAUUCAUUAAGAAGUUUGUCUUGUGCAAGUCGUGUGAGAAUCCAGAAACUCAAUUGUUCGUUCGCAAAAGCUGCAUCAAAAGCAAAUGCAAGGCUUGCGGAUGCUCAUUCGACAUUGAUCUCAAGCACAAGCUGUCCACAUACAUCAUGAAGAACCCACCAAAGAUUGAUGUCGAUUUUUCCAAAGCAGAAGAGAAGAAUGGAAAGAAGACAUCGGGAGCUGACGCAGCAACAGUCAACGACAUAAGCCACAACAAUAGCGACAAGGGCAGUUCGAAUGAUGACGACGACGACGACUGGGAACCAGAACCAGUUGAGCCGAAUGGCAUGCUGUCGGCCGGAAUGGGAAAGCUCGUGCUGGACAAGGAUCUUGAGAAGAGCGAGGAGCAACGUCUCGACAUGCUUCACAACUUCUUCGUGAAAGCCAAAGAUGAAGGUCGUAUUUCCGAUGCUAAAGGACAGAAUGGUUUGCGUGAUGAGGCGGAGAGACUCGAGUUGAAGCAAAAGGCAUCGCUUCUUCUUGCCAAUGUUCUCUUCGAUGAAAAAGUGGUUGCUGAUAAGCAAAUUUCUGCCCACCGUAACCUUUUGCUUCGUUUCGUUAUGAACGAUAAGAAGGCUCAACGUUAUUUGUUGGGAGGAAUCGAGCAAGUUAUUCAUAAGCAUAACGACGAGCUGCUUUCAAAAUCGGCUCACAUAAUCAAGUCGUUGUACGAUUCGGAUAUAUGCGAGGAAGAAGUUCUGUUGGCUUGGGGAGAGAAACCAUCGAGCAAAUAUGUUGCCAAGUCCUUUGCCAAAAAAAUCAUCGAAAACGCUAUGCCAGUGCUCACAUGGCUCAAGGAAGCGGAAGAGGAGACCGAAGAUGAAUCCGACGACGAGAUCGCGUUCGGAGGCGAAGUCAAGGAGAGUGAGUUCCUUCGACAACAAAGAGAACAGGCAGCGAAAGAAGAACAACAAAAAGCUGCCAGUGCCGCCAAGGUAUCGAAUGGAGCUGCAGCUCCGGCUGAUGAUGACGAAGAUUUGGAUAUCGAUGAUAUUUAA